AUGAAGCUUGUUCUGGCGUGGCUUGUUGCGGCGCUCGUGUCCCCCAUUGGCGCGAACACUCUGUACAACCUCACUCAUGAGUUUCCAGAUGACUGCGCCGUAUUCUGCACCGGCACUACAUUUGUACAUGGCCGGUGCGAUGUCGAUAGCGUGGCAUGCUGGUGCCAGACCCCAGACUUCCUCUCUGACUUUGGCUGCUGCAUUGCGUACGCGUGCGAUGAGGAUAUCAAGAGUGAGGCGGCCAAUUCUUCUGUAUGGCAGCAUCCCUUGACUGACACCAGUCUCUGCAAUAUAGGCGUGAAAACCACCUUUGACGACUGGUGCUCCGCAGCGUCCGUCGAAGGCCCUACCAACAAUAUCACAGACUGCGCUUAUCCGUAUGCAACCGGCACGCCAUCAGGCUCAAGCUCUGGAAGCUCAUCCACUACCUCGCAGUCUUCGAGCUCACAAGCCAAGUUCGGCUCGAUUCCCGGAAAGGUCAUUGGCGGCGCUGUCGUUGCAUGUUUUGCUGGACUCAUCCUCUUAUUGGCAUUGGUAUUCUACUGGUUCCGUCUCAGUAAGAAGCAGAAGCAACGGCAGCGGCGGCGGCAGCGGCAGGGGUCACCACCAACAGAACGUCUUGCAACACCACCUCCACCUUAUUCGGAGUCACAACAGAUCCCACACCUGAACCGCAGCACAGAAGGUUCCCCGACACCUUAUCGGGUCACGUAAAGGAGUUCAACAGUGAUGUGCCUAUGUUUCUCAGAACGCAGUUUCCCUCAGAAAAUUGAGCUGCUAUCAGCCUAAUUCAGCGAAAAUGCCAGUAUCCCAAUUGAAGCUAUUUGAAAGUAGCAAUUAGUCACGAAAGGGCUUCCAUCAAAGAAUUUCCC